AUGAAACUCGAGUCGAGUGGAGACAUUGUUGGUGAAGCAUGGUGUUCUCCCACUUCUACACCCAAUCACAACUACACCAAGGUUACUCCACCAGCUGUUCGUUGCGUUGGUCGUUUCUCUCGUUUAGCUUCGCUCAUCCAUCCCUAUAUCUGUCAAUACAUUGAUAUCAUUCGCUGUCAUAAUGCCCCAAACGUCAUCGUUCUCAUCGCCGAGCACUACAAGAUCACACUAGCUGAUAAAAUCAAGGAAAACUGUCUGACAUCAGAUGAUUCUCUUUGCAUUGCUUCUCAAUUAACAUCAGCUCUUCAAUAUCUUCACUCAAAAUCAAUCUUCUCUGGCAUGAUCGAUCUUCAAAAUAUUAUCAUUGUGCAUGAUUCAAAAAUUUUGACAAAAUUUAUACAAUAUGGCUUGAACUAUGUGACUGAUGAUGGGAAAGACCAAGAUUCGUUGAUCGGUUCUCCGUACACUUUAAGCCCGGAAAGAAUGUGCUCAAUCAACACCUCAAGAGGAGUCACUGCUAAGGAUGAUAUUUGGUCUCUUGGAAUGGUUUUCUUUCAAAUCCUCAUUGGUCAUCCCCUUCGCGACCUUUGGUCCUACAAGCAGUUCCUCGGUGUUAUCACAAAUCUCAUCAAAAAAUCUGAUGGUUCAAUCGUUCAACAUUUGGUGCAAGCUGUUGAAGGAACGGGAAAGCUGAAAAUUCAAAGAUCUGAUGGAUUACUAUAUCAGAUAACGGAUCGAUGUUUGCAGAAAUUACCUUCGAAGAGAGCCACAGCUAAAGAGAUCUUAUCGUUGUUGAAUGAAGCAAAUGUUAAACCGACUCCAUGUGAAGCUGAUCUGGAAGAGUGGGAAGUGGUCAAAGAAAGAGUUCUCCGCUCAACGCCCGACUGGGUCUACUCAGAAUUGCCGAUUAAAGAGGCUUUCUUUUUGUGGAGUCUCUGCGGGAGUCGAGUGGAGACAUUGUUGGUGAAGCAUGGUGUUCUCCCACUUCUACACCCAAUCACAACUACACCAAGCGUCGUGGUCAAUGACUUUCGUCAAUUCGGCAAUGAAUCCUUUCGAAAACUUCGAGUAAAGCCAGACGUUUUUGUGUUACCUGCUAAAAACUUUAAAGCGAAAAUGUUGGCUAUUGAGCCUCGGAAAUUACUUCACUCUUUCGAAAUGGAUGGUGAAAACUAUUCAAUGGAAGGCGAAGAUUUGCCUGUUGUUGUCAAAGAAAAAGAUGUCUAUUAUCAGUGUUCCCGUAUGAAAAUGGUGACCCAACUCGUGCAAGCGUUCUCUUUCAAAGCAGAGACACUCCGGAAGAUGAUUGCAAAGGAUGUACCGCCGAUGAUCAGAUCAGCUGUUUGGACGGCGCUUCUCGGAGUGAGUGAAGUGUCUCGAUGGCCCUAUGAAGAGUUGGACACUCUUUCGCCGCAUUCAUCUGAUCGACAAUUGGAAGUCGAUAUCCCGAGAUGUCAUCAAUAUGAAGAAUUGAUGACCUCUCCAGCUGCUCAUUCCCGUUUGAAACGUCUCCUCAAAGCCUGGCUGCUUGCACAUCCAAAUUUCGUCUAUUGGCAAGGAUUGGAUUCUUUAGCUGCUCCAUUUUUGCUGCUUAAUUUUGAGAAUCUUCCUAACGCAUUUGCUUGUUUGAGUGCUUUUAUCAGCAAAUAUCUAUGGAAUUUCUUUCUCAAGGACAAUUCCCCGGUGAUUCAAGAAUAUCUGAGUGUUUUCAAUCAUCUCGUUGCUUAUGUUGAUGCCGAUUUAUACAAUUGUAUGAAAGAAAUGGAUUUUUACCCAGAACUUUUCGCUAUUCCAUGGUUUUUAACAUGCUUUGCUCAUGUUUUACCCCUACAUAAGCUCUUUCAUGUCUGGGAUCGAUUGCUGCUUGGUGAUGUCCAUUUCCCAUUGUGCGUUGGUCUUGCUGUCCUUCAUCAACUCCGCUCUCGACUUAUCGAGGCAAACUUCAACGACGCGAUUUUACUCUUCUCUGAUCUACCCGAUUUGAAUAUGGAAAAGGUAAUCGCUGAUUCAUCCCAUUACUACUCAAUUUUACCGUCAAGUUGCGCUUUCCGAGUUCACGGAUCUGAUAAUCAAGAAAAUAAAGAAAAACUGCAUACAAUGCGAAAACUAACUGUUUCUCAAUUGAAAUCAUUGGAUGUGCCAAGAAUAAGUCGAGAGGAUUUACUGGAUCGAGUUGAGAAACAAACGGUCCUCUUGAUUGAUGUUCGAUCAGCUCCUGAAUUCAACCGUGGCUCUGUUGUCCGAAGCAUCAAUAUCUCAAACCCGGAAGACGGAAGUUUAUUGAGCAUUCAGAAUCUUUUGGAAAACGCUCAACGAAAUGAGCAUCCGAUUUGCAUAAUGGACGGUGGGAGACACGAGGUGGCUGAUAAGUUCUCAAAGCGCCUCCUCCGAGAGCAAGUCUGUUUCAUUUGUGUUCUCGACGGGGGUUUUGAAGGAAUUCGUAAAUUUCAACAACUUCUUAAAGCCAAU